UGCGUCUUUGGAGCUAAAAGUUUACUACUCUCUCCGUUCUAUUACAGAGUUAUACUAAGCGAAAUGCAGGAGGAUAGCUUAUGGAGAUUGUGUCCUGUACAGGAUAUUGAUACAUUCUUAACCAGCAGAUAUGGCGACAACAAUGCGCUUUCUUUAUUGUAUUGUGAUCUUUACAUGAGACAGUUCAAGGAAUCAUUGAAAAAGACCAUGCUUGAGCAAGAAUCUGUCUUUGAAGAUCAGAUCCACGAGCUUCAUCGUCUUUAUCAAAUGCAGAAGGAACUGAUGAUGAAAAUGGAGGGAACCAACAACAUAUAUAGUCAACCUCGACAUUUAUUCCUUAAUGCCAGGGCCUCUAGUCCUAGAGCGAGCAUACACUGGAUGGGUUCAGCCAUCUCCACCUCCAAAACUAGCGUCUUGCCACCAGAUGACGCAUCUGCCAAGAUUGAUGAAGCUGGUUUUUUUGGAGAUGAGAGUGAUAAGUCUGGAGAGAAGGUAUUGGAAAAAGGUUUAAAGAAUGGACAAGUCCAUCAAGUUCUCAACUUUGCUAAAGAUCAAUCUCCAAGAAGCAUCAAAUCGGCCGUCCACCCGGAAAAUGUGCAGCAUUCAUCUGCUUUGCUGAGGUCCAAUUGUAUACUUGACUUGAACGAACCUGCUAAGAUCGAGGAACAUUCAGAUUAUGAGCUUAAUCAGUUCCUGAGUCCAGCCCAAACAAGGAGUGAAAGAGCAGAAUCUCAAGCGCAAGACCCGGAUAUCUCUGCAAAAAGCCAAGUUGAGAACGAAAUCGACUUGAAUAUGUCUCCCCUUUCAACCGAACAAGUGACAACUUUCAAGGAGAUAGAAUCCGAGCAACCCAGUGAGAUUGUUUCAGCUUCAUUGCACGGAAAACAAGGAUCAGUACCAUCACAACUGAUAGUUCAAGCGCUCCCAUGUUCAAAAAGCAUUUCACUUUCCCACAAACGUUCCUCGUGGCCUAGGAAGAAACGAAAACGUGGAGCAAAAUCCACCACUGCGGAAUCUGUUCCUCGCAGGAAAUCCCGGAAAGGCUCAAAUCUUGACUCGAACUAUGGUGUUAAUGAGGAUGAUAACCAUUCUCUGAGUACUACCUCAUACAUGACUGAAUCUGACCAUAAUCAAGAGCGUCUGGAGAAAGGGAGUUCGAGUUCUCUGUCUGAGAUUAAACCUGCUAGAAUUUUGACCAGUUCAAGAAAAAGAAGAUCUCGUAAACCACACAUAGAUUCAGGCAAGGAUACUAUUGCAAGAACCAAAUCCAAGACCAGAGGGAGCUUUCUUGUUACAGAGGAAGAGGAACAAGCAGCAGCAGAGGCUAUAGUUGAUAUGUCAUUAUCAGAGUCAGCAGGAAAUUCCAACAUGGAAACCUCUAAUUGGAUCACUCCUCUGCGUUGGUUCGCUAAUAUUGCUUCUUCGGUUGUUGAGGCAAAGACAUUGCAGCUAACAGAGAUGAAAAGAAGACACAAGAGGACCACACGCAGGCAACAAAAGCAUGAAGAUCACCACAACGAGAUUCUCCCGAGCCUAAGCACUUUUAUAGGAAAGGAAACGAAUGAUGCUCACUCUAGGUACUGCAGCUUGAUGGAAAAUACGGUAAUCGAUUGGGGAACCAUAACAAAACGAAGAAGAGGCAUCAGAAUUCCAAAACAUCCAUAGCUUCCUUUUCCAGAUUCUUGAGGAAGAAGAAGAAGAAGAUAGUUUUUGUCUUUUGUAACAGAGAGUCUCGUUACAGAGAUCACACACUACACGUAGGGGAUAUUAAAAACUCAUUAAAUGAGUGAAACUUUUGCGUCUUAGCUUUCUACACUUAUCUGUGAACUAGCUAGAUGAUACUCAAAGAGGCUCAUCUUAU